AUGUCGAUCCCCUUAUCAUCAGCAGCAACCCCGCGUGGCACCCCCAGUCUGAACGUUCCCGCAACGCAGAACACCGCGCCCGUCAUCAAAUUUCGAUGCCUCUUCACCCAUGAUGUCCGACGCAAAGCGAAGCGCUGGCACGAUGGCUUCCUCCGCUAUCACACAUUCAACAAGCGGGUCAUGGUCUACGAUACCACCGGCUAUUUCAUUGGAGAUUUGCACUGGCGACAGGACGACGGGAUUCAGGACGGUGACGAGCUGGAGCUGGACAAAGGCGUGCUGAUCCAAGUUUGCGAGCCGGUGGAGCAGACGCAGACAGACCUGUCGACGCUGUACAGCAAUAAGAAGAAGACGCAGGAGUCUCCGACGCAAGCAGCGGAACCGUCAGCUCCCUCAUUUCGUGCCUCUGCUCCCCUCCGGUCCUCGAUGUCCUCUCAACAACCGCGGUCCCUUAAUGAUGUCCUAGGCAUUCGGAAGACUCCUGCUGGCUUGUCUGUUUCGCCCUACGAGGAACGCCAACGACAGAAACAGAAGGAAGACAAUCGGCUAGCGUCUGAAAGAGCGGCGAAACGUCAAAAGACCACCCCGGCUGAAGUACCGACUGAGCAACAUCCAAGGCGCUCCGUCGCCAAUCCACCGGUUCUCGUCGAUUUGUCCGAUUCAUCCGGUGAGAACGCAGCAGAAAGACCACAGAAGCCAAACAAAAUCCCAGGAACCGUCGCCCUGCCGAAGAAGAAUCCUAUUUCAAAUGGGCCUGCUUUACCGGUAAUGAAGGAUCCAGCCGUUGACAAUGUUCAGCGCGACGUUGGGAAGCAUCAAAACUCGUCAAGCAACUCAAACAACGCCCCGUCUUCAGCAUCAAGAUCAUCCUCGGCGCACUCAUAUUCGGAGGCGCCAACGAAAACACUCCGCUUAUCCACAAGCCAGCCUCGUAAGAAGCUCAUGUAUCAGGCGUUGCUCCCUAAUCAGACACCUGGAAAAACAGCACGUACGGUGCCUUCGGGCGCUCAAGACAGGAAAAUCGUGCCAACACAGUCGAGAUCGCACGAGAGUGAACCUUUUCCGACUCCGGAUCCUACCUCGACUAAUAUGGACUUCAUACCGACUGAGUCCACCAUGUUCGUUCUUGAACAGGUGGCUGACAAGCCAGUGCUCGAUCAACCUCAAAUUCUCCAUAGAGAGCGGCUGGGGUGCCCUACAACACGAAGUACCGUGGAAGCUACGACGUCUACAGCCAAGGCGCAAACCUUACAACCAACAACGAGCAAUAGCCCUGGUCAACUGAGGGUGACUGGAUCAUCUUCAAUCGACCAAAGUGCCAGGACGCAAAACAUGCAUCCACCGAAAUCCGCGUCCAAAGGACUCCGCAAAACCCUGUCUGAUCCGACAGCGUUGACAACGAGCACCAGCGUGCAAUCACGGUCCCUGCUAUCGAGGGGAUCGGUCGACAAAUACCCAAUCGAGGAAAAUCCGCCGGAACAGGGGCCUUGGACGUCCGAGGCUCUCGAUCUCUUCGACUUUUGGCCGCCGGGACGGCCGAAACCCAGCUGA